CAUGAUGCUACAAUCUAUCAACCCUUCUGGUUGUCCUAAUGAUUCGAAACUGCCAGCAUAUUCAGUUCCAGAUAGCAGCUCUCCCUGGAUUGUUUACGUUCGCUACUCUUCGCCGGAACACGCCCCCGUACCUGCUCAACAGACCCGGCUUGUGUAGGCACCGAUGAUCCGAGAUGUCUGGUGCUGAAGCCAUUACCACCAUCCAGCUGAUCGACGCUUGCAUCGGCAUCGCUAAUACGAUCAUUGACAUCGGGCGUGCCGUCCAUGAUGCUCAAGGCUUACCACCAAAACUUCGAGACCUACUUGAAAAGCUACCAGCGAUCGAAGAACUGUUGGAAAGUGCGCAUGAGAGCUGCGAGGAAGGGAGGGUCACAGAGGAUGCCAGCAAGAGCGUACAGCCGAUUUUAAGACAAUGCGCGGAGGCUUUAGCCGAACUAAGGGACAUAUUCAGGAAAGCCUGCCCAAAAGAUGGGGAGAAUCGUACCAAGCGCAUCUGGAGAGGCACAAAGGCUGUUUUCUUUGGUCGAGACAGCCAGGUGCAGAAGCUCCUGGUGACUAUUCAAGACGACUUGAGGCUUUUGGAGCAGAAGGAGAUUUAUGUUAUUGGCGACAAGGUGGAUGCACUGCAGCAAGCCACAGAAGCACUAGUGAAUAACGACGACGGCAAAUAUACACAUACUGGAGCAGGCAACAUUAUUGCCAAUGAGGGCGGCAGUCCGACGAAUUAUGUAGUUGGUGGAAGCAACAACCGGCAGAUCAGCAAUCCUGGGGUAUACAAUGAGGGCCCUUCAAGUACGUAGUUAUCGUUCUCACGUAGUAACAUUAAUUUCUUA